UUCUUCGUGGUUGGUCAAAUGUGAUAGAGCGCAACUGGAGUUAAAACAAAAACAUAGCAAAGCAUAGUCAAUACAAAAAGGGAGAAAAAAUCAAAAGCAAAAUUCUGUUAAACAUAAGAAAAAAUAUAAAUUUAUAUUAAAAUGCAAUAAAACUGUGAAAAGUGGCGGUUAAUUGGAACUUUAUGAAAAAUCGAUUUCUUACAUAGCAAAUACUUUGCUUUCGUGCAUACGAACAUAUAAAUAAUAUUUUUUUUUUAAUUUUCGUAUACAAAUCGCAAAGGUCAAACACGUGAAAAAGUGCAGAGCGAAGCAGCAGUCGCUGAAGACUAGUGCAGCUAAGCGAAACGGUUAAGUUUAGUACGGUGUCGGGCUUGGACGUCGGUUUCUACGUUUAUUUCCAGCGCCAAUCUCUUCCUGUUCGGUGUUUUUGUUGUAGCUAUUUUUAUAUUUUCAUCUGCUGGUGCUGUUGGUAAUCGUCCGGAUAGUGUUGCUAAGUGGCCAGUUAUACUGCCAAUCCUUACACUUGUUGUUCUUGUUGUUGAUUUAUAUUGUUAACUAACGUAAAUAUACAUACAUACGCACAGAGAUUUAUAUAUAUUUGUUGGAUAGCUUGUGCAAUAGGGUUUCUAGUUAUAAUCUUACUAAUUAAAGUGUUUGCCAAUAUCGGGCAUUAUCCUACGUGUGAGAGUUGCGUUGAGUUGCUGUUGCUGUUGCUUUGUAACCAAAACAGUUAAAAGUGUGGCAAUUCAAUAACAUACAGUGUGGCGAGUGCUGUGUGAGUGACGAGCGCAAAUCGAAAAUUCCUGAGAGAGGGCUAAAGCGGUGUUCGUGACUCGUGCGGAAGUGUGAUUGGUGGUGAAGUGGUUGGCUCCCAGUGACCGCGGUGGUGGUGAAGAGUGCAAAAUCUAACUGUGCAGCUGUUAAAUUAAGUGCUUCAGCCGUACAAAGUACAUACAUACAUAAAUACCUUCUGCCUGCCAAUCUAGUCGGCGCGUGCCUUUUGGUUUAUAAUGAAUAUAUUUUGUCCAAGCCAUUGGAUAUUGCAGCCAGUUCAAUGUCAAGAUGGAUCUUCGUUUCUAAAACGUGCCAGCACCGAUAAACUCCGCGAAGUCUUCCUUAAAUAUGCCUCAUUACAAAAGGAUGGCGACCACUACAUGACCAGUGAGGAUUUCGUGCGAAAAUUCCUGGGACUCUUCACCGAUGCUACAUUCAAUGAUGAAUCUGUGCGUUUGUUAGCCAGCAUUGCGGACACCAGCAAAGAUGGGUUGAUCUCAUUUGUGGAAUUCCAAGCCUUUGAGGGGCUGCUCUGCACACCAGAUGCGCUCUACAAGACAGCUUUUCAACUAUUCGACCGCAAAGGCAACGGCACAGUUCAUUAUUCCGAUUUCGUCGAUAUCGUACAAAAAACCGAAUUGCAUUCAAAGAUACCUUUUAAUUUAGAUAGUUCCUUUAUCAAGCGGUAUUUUGGUGAAAAAAAAGACCGCACCAUUAAUUAUGCGGAAUUCACACAAUUACUCCAUGAUUUCCAUGAGGAAUAUGCAAUGGAAGCAUUCCGUAGUAAGGAUCCAGCUGGUUCUGGAUUUAUCUCUCCUUUAGAUUUUCAAGAUGUUAUUGUUAAAGUGAAAAGGCAUUUACUCACACCCGUCGUCAAGGAUAAUCUAGUAGCGGUCACCGAAGGUCACAAAGUGAGCUUCCCCUACUUCAUCGCAUUUACUUCGCUGCUCAAUAAUAUGGAAUUGAUUAAACGUAUCUACUUGCACGCCACUCAAGGUAAUCGCAACGAACCCGUGACAAAGGACGAACUACUAUACGCCGCACAAACAAUGAGUCAAAUAACGCCAUUAGAAAUUGAUAUACUCUUUCAAUUAACCGGCGCGCUCCAUCAAACCGGGCGCAUCGUCUAUAAUGAUCUGAACAAUAUUUCGCCCGAGCAUUAUACAAAGCAUAUCACAACACGCUUGGCGGAGAUCAAAGCCGUUGAGAGUCCUGCCGAUCGUUCUGCAUUCAUACAGAUUUUGGAGAGCACCUAUCGUUUCAUGCUCGGUUCAUUUGCUGGCGCUGUUGGUGCUACCGUGGUGUACCCUAUUGAUUUGGUAAAGACACGCAUGCAAAAUCAACGCACAGGCUCUUUUAUUGGUGAAGUCGCAUAUAGAAACUCUUGGGAUUGCUUUAAGAAGGUUAUACGUCACGAGGGUGUGCUCGGCUUGUAUCGCGGUCUGUUGCCACAGUUGAUGGGUGUGGCACCGGAGAAAGCCAUCAAGCUUACUGUGAAUGAUUUUGUGCGUGACAAGUUCACCGAUAAACAGGGUGUGAUACCGAUGUGGUCCGAAAUUAUGGCUGGCGCUUGUGCCGGUGCCUCACAAGUGGUCUUCACCAAUCCUUUGGAAAUUGUCAAAAUUCGUCUCCAAGUUGCCGGUGAAAUCGCAGGCGGAACUAAAGUACGUGCCUUAUCUGUUGUUCGUGAUCUGGGUCUGUUUGGCUUGUACAAGGGUGCACGCGCAUGCUUGCUGCGCGAUGUGCCAUUCUCUGCUAUCUACUUCCCCGCUUAUGCGCACACAAAAUCGCUGUUCGCCGACGAAGAUGGCUACAAUCAUCCACUGACCCUGCUCGCGGCCGGUGCUAUUGCUGGUGUGCCCGCUGCCUCACUCGUAACGCCCGCAGAUGUGAUCAAAACUCGCCUGCAGGUCGUGGCGCGUUCCGGUCAGACAACCUAUACAGGCGUGUGGGAUGCCACCAAGAAAAUCAUGGCGGAGGAGGGACCACGCGCCUUCUGGAAGGGUACUGCUGCCCGUGUCUUCCGUUCGUCGCCACAAUUCGGUGUAACCUUGGUCACAUACGAGUUGCUGCAGCGUCUCUUCUAUGUUGAUUUCGGCGGCUCACAUCCAACCGGUUCGGUGGUGACCAAGCCCAAGGUGCUGGAUGAGAACACACAAAGAUUCAACUCAGACCAUAUUGGUGGCUAUCGCGCCGCUGUGCCGCUGCUCAAUGGCAUCGAAUCGAAAUUCGGCCUCUAUCUGCCACGUUUCGGACGCGGAACGACAAGCACAACUACAACAACCGGUUCGUGAUAAAGCGAUGGCGUUGGCAUAGUCCUUAUCGGCAAGCCUGCUCGACAAGUAGUUGCUCUCAAAUAAGUCUAUUGUUAAAUAAAUUUUAAUUAAUAAAUAUUUAUAAAAGAAAACACAUUUGUUGUUAGCAAUUAUUACAAAAAAUAAACAAGAAAAAUAAAAAAUGCAAAUAAAUAAAUUAUACAAAAACCAAAAAUAAAUCAAUUGAGCAAAUAUUAAAGACGACACGUACACAAAUAUACAUGAAUACAUAUAUUUUUUGCUAUGAAAAUAUAUAUUAUAUUUCAACGAUUUUCAAAGGCGAUAAAACGAAACAAAAACACAUUUUAUAUGAAAAGUAUAAGUAUACAUACAUAUAUUUAGAGAAGCAGAAAAUACACUGAAAAAAACGAGAAGAAAAACAAAAAUGUUAAUGUGUAUUUUAGAAGCGACACUUUUGCCAACUUUUCAGAAAAUCAUACACACCUACACAUACAGGACGAAGUCAAAUCAAAUGAAAAAAAAAAUAAAAACAGCAACAACAAAAGCAAAAAAAAUGAACAUACUAUGUAACUUAUUUAUUAAUUGUGUAGAGAAGAGCUAUAAAAUACUGUCCGUAAAAUUGUUUUCGUACAAUUCUUGAGUGACCUCUCGCUAUGCGCGAAUCUAUGUAAGAAACAAAAAAAAAUAAAUAAAAAUAAAUAAAAUU